AGUACCCACGCUUGAUCAAUUUGACUAUACACGUGUUUACUGUUUACUACUAGUCAGUUGUGAGGUAAUAAUAUCAGCGAUAUGUCACAAGUGAAAAGUCGCUUAAAAAAUGGAAGAAUUACCACAAAAAAACUCAAAGAUAGACAUAACAAAGCUUUAUUGGCCAUGUCGAAUGCCAAGAAAGCACGCGUGGCAAAAGUUUUGAGCGAAUCUUACUCGAAAGAGGUAGUACAAGGCCAUCGUAUUAUAGACUUGACAGAACUAACGAAGAAUCUCAAAUGUCACAAAUGCGCACAACGUCUAGACUUGAAAAAUAUAAAAUCUGAAAAAAGAAAAGGAUUACAUUCAACUUUGGAUGUUCUGUGUGAGCAGUGCAAUAUUACUACCAAAGUUGAAACUGGAAAAAUAGAAAAAAACGUAUCUCACAUUAAUGCUUCGGUUAUACUUGGAACUGUAAAUUCUGGAAUUGGAAGUACUGCUCUCAAUAAAAUUUUAACUUGUACUGAUAUCCCUGAAAUCUCUAAUGAUUUGUAUAAACGUUAUGAAAAAAUCAUUGGAGCAGCAAUAGAAGAAGAAGCUCGUAGAAACUGUAAUCGAGCGGCAGUAGAAGAAAAACAGCUCGUUAUCAAGAAUAUCAAGCAAUUGAUUGAACUUUUGUAAGAUUUACUGCAAUUAAAUAGUAUUAUAAUUAAAACCUCA